GUGUCAGAAAUUGUUAGUAAAAGAGUUUGAAAGUGAUACACGUUCGCAUGUGUAGAGCACGGAGCGCAGUGAUUAGUAAAUAAACGUGUUCCGUUUUCUUCUUCUUUUUUUUUAAAAAAAAAGCAAUGUGAAGAGGUGCAGAUAGUGAAAAUGGACUUGAAAGAGGAAGUGUAAUAUUCGUGUGUUCGAUGUGGUUGAAAACAUUUCACGUGAAGUUGUGUUCAUUGAGUUUUUUUGAAAAUGCCAGAUAUUAAAAUUACUCCACUUGGUGCUGGUCAGGAUGUUGGCCGUAGUUGCAUUCUACUGUCAAUGGGAGGCAAAAAUAUUAUGCUUGAUUGUGGCAUGCACAUGGGUUACAACGACGAAAGGAGAUUUCCAGACUUCACUUACAUAGCACAAGAAGGCCCUCUCACAAGCUAUAUAGAUUGUGUUAUAAUUUCUCAUUUUCAUUUAGAUCAUUGCGGGGCUUUACCAUAUUUCACUGAAAUGGUUGGGUAUACAGGACCUAUCUACAUGACACACCCAACGAAAGCUAUAGCUCCCAUUCUUUUAGAGGAUAUGAGAAAAGUCGCUGUAGAACGUAAAGGAGAAAGUAAUUUUUUUACGUCACAAAAUAUUAAAGACUGUAUGAAGAAAGUAGUGGCUGUUACUUUACACCAGUCCUUAAUGGUAGAUUCUCAGCUAGAAAUCAAAGCCUAUUAUGCUGGGCAUGUCCUAGGUGCCGCAAUGUUCUGGAUACGCGUGGGUUCUCAAUCUGUAGUGUACACAGGCGAUUAUAAUAUGACACCUGACCGACAUCUGGGUGCUGCUUGGAUUGAUAAAUGUAGACCUGACCUCUUAAUAACAGAAUCAACUUAUGCAACAACCAUAAGGGAUUCAAAGCGGUGCAGAGAGCGUGAUUUUCUAAAAAAAGUACACGAGUGUGUAGACCGUGGUGGUAAAGUUCUUAUACCAGUAUUCGCCUUGGGUAGAGCUCAAGAGCUUUGUAUUUUGCUGGAAACUUAUUGGGAACGAAUGAAUCUUAAAGUGCCAGUGUAUUUUGCAGUUGGACUUACAGAGAAAGCCAAUAACUAUUAUAAGAUGUUUAUAACUUGGACAAAUCAAAAGAUACGCAAGACCUUUGUGCAGAGGAACAUGUUUGAUUUUAAACAUAUAAAACCCUUUGAUAAAGCUUAUAUUGACAAUCCAGGAGCCAUGGUAGUGUUUGCCACUCCUGGGAUGCUACAUGCUGGUUUAUCCCUUCAAAUAUUCAAAAAAUGGGCACCAUGUGAAAAUAACAUGGUUAUAAUGCCUGGAUUUUGUGUUGUGGGAACAGUUGGUCAUAAAAUACUAAAUGGUGCUAAAAAAAUCGAAUUCGAAAAUCGUCAUAUAGUUGAAGUGAAAAUGGCAGUGGAGUACAUGUCAUUUUCCGCUCAUGCUGAUGCAAAAGGUAUUAUGCAACUUAUACAGUACUGUGAACCAAAAAAUGUGCUAUUAGUGCAUGGAGAGGCAACAAAGAUGGAGUUUUUAAAGGAAAAAAUUAAAAAAGAAUUUGAUAUUGAGUGCUUUACACCAGCAAAUGGAGAAACAUGUGUCAUAAACACUAAUGUUAAAAUACCAAUUGACGUUUCUUUAAGCUUGCUCAAAGCUGAAGCCAUCAAACACAAUGCACAGCCUCCUGAUCCAAAACGACCUCGUGUAAUGCAUGGUGUUCUUGUAGUGAAAGACAAUGCUAUGUGCCUAAUGGAUGUUGAAGAAGCUUGCAAGGAAGCAGGAAUAAAUAGACACUUUGUGAGGUUUACUUCUACACUGAGAAUGGAAGAUCCUGGUCCAGCGAGCAAAACAGCAGAAAAAUUACUGCAGUUAAUUAAGUCCCGCUUAAAAGACUGGAAUGUUCAGCUGACAGAAGCCUCCAACAUUUCAGUUGAAUCUGUACUAGUUAAGGUUGAAGGCUCUGAUGAUGAACAGAAGAGUGUUUAUGUGUCAUGGGACAAUCAAGAUGAGGAGCUUGGAAAUUACAUUUUAGGUCUACUACAAACAAUGGGCCAUCAGAAUGUUGUGUGAAACACUAUGUUGAUGUUUUACUGCUACACAACUUAGUGUUUGCCUGAAACUGAUUAAUUAAAAUAUUGUAUUUAUUUGACACUGAAAAAAACUCUCAAUUUUUGUGCAUAUCACACAAACAUAUUCAUUCCAGUUAGGUGUGAAUAGAUUAAGAAGAUAAUAACUGAGACACCAUUCAUGUUUCAAUGUAUUUUAUGCUGUUUUCCAAAGCUUUACAUAAUGAAGAAAAUUUAAUUUUUGUGUGUGAUCUUUCUUUCACUUUCAAAGAAGCUACUUUUUACGGGUUUCUUCAUUAAUCAGUACAUUUAAAUUGUAAUGCACCUGGAAUUCCAAAAUCAUAAUUUUUGUAAGGGCUCUACAUUACAUGUCUGAUCAUUGAUUCUGUAAUAUCACUACUAGGCCUGAUGAUAAAAGGGAAGACUAAGUAACACGUAUUGUAAUGGUUGCCAGCAGUCACUCCUCCAAUGGAAAAUUGUGUAAAGGCUGAGAGAAGAGUAAAAUGGAAGUACAGUUCAGUCUGGAGGAAGCUAACUUUCUUUUGAAACUGCAUUUCGUUUUUUGUGGUUGAUAUACUGAUUCACCAUACUUUUCUAUUAUUUUAUUGCAAGCUAUUGCAGCAUUCUUUUGAUAUUACCUAUUUGGUAUUUAUGAAACCUCUGUAAGUUGUGUCUUGGAAUACAAAAUUCGUGGAGACUACAAGAAAUGUUUUGGCCUAAUGAGGGGAGAGAGAGUUUACCUUCCUUUGCAAGUUUUCAACAUAUUAACAUUCAUAGCAUUUUUAUGUUAUUUUCUUUUACUGCAUACUUUUAUUCUAUCUGAAUGCCAUUAAGGUGAUUUAUGACGAAGCUGCAGUUUUAUCUAACUUUAAAAAAAAUGCAUAUUGCACACAUGUCCUGAAGGUAGUAAAGGUUACCUAAUAAAUGUAUAGAAGUGACUAUAUUAUCCAAGGAGAUCGUACCAUUAUAAUCUACACUAGAUAAGACACAGAAACCAUUAUUUUGUAAUUACAGAGUAAAGGUGAGCAAACACAAAAAGUGGAUGUGCGCUACGACAACUCAAUAAUCUUAUAGCCUGAAGUAUUGUGGAUGUAAUGAUAGAAGUGCCAUGGUGUUGACGUAUUUGUUGUAUGUAUGACAAUUUGUGUACAAAACAACAAAGUUUUGGUUAUCAUCUCUUCUGCAACUAUACCUUACCCUGUAUACUUAUGUUGACCUGAGCUGAUAAAAUAGGAGGGGGAAAUACUGGAUACAGUUUGUGUUCAUACUUGUAGCUGUCUUAGAAUUUAAAGCUUUGUACUCUGCAUAUGGUACUUUAUUUCUUAGGUUGUUUGGAACAUUUGGUACAAUGUAUGCUCUUUGAUCUGUAUGUUUGAAAUUGACUUAUUCCACAUAGAGUGUGUUUAACAUAUGAAGCAAGUGCUGUGUCCAUCAUUGCGGAAUAACUGACAUGAAGGACUCUGGUAAUGCUGUAGCUCAUUUCUUGAGCUCUAGUAAGUGGUGUAUCAAUUUUAGCUGAACUAGACAAGUCAGCAAAUCAUAACAUUACGCCACUUAGAACUUCAGACUGGUGUGCAGUUAGUAUUAGCUGACAUAACUGUAGACAGACUCAAACUGAUAACUUCUGAUAGGUAUGUGCACAAUAUACUGUAACAUUUUUUCAAAAGUUAGUUUCUGUUGUCAAAAACACCUUGUAAUACUAUCACAAAUACUAUGGCGUGUGUGCUCUUGUGUUGUCCUGCAUUAAGUAACCAUAGGCCUUUUUAUUAGUUGUUAGUUCUCAGAAAACAAGGUUGCAGUACAUUGGUCAUACAGGGGUCAGAAAUUAUGGUUGGUGGAAGAAGAUUGGCACAGUUAUUUAUGUUUCAGUAUUUGCACACUACACUUUUGCUUUCACAUCAUGUAGUGAUUCUUAAUUUAACUAAUGAGGAUUUUCAGAACAAUGUUAAUUGCCUUUGAUUUAAUGUAUCCUGAUAAAUGCAGCCAUGCUAGGAAGAAAAAUAAUAAAUUUGAAUCAACAUUUCAAAAAUGCACAAGCAGCAAUAGCCACUUGCAGCACAUAUAUGAGCGACAGUACCAGAGUUGGUUAGUCAGUGUAUUGCUGCUACUUUGUAAGGUUUUAUUUUACACACAGUUCUGUGAACAAAUGUUACUGACAUACCAGUCUAAAGUGUUAAAAAGUGAAACAAUUUACUGGGACUUGCUCCCAAAGAAGCUGCUAACUCACCUUGUGUGGCCAAAAUCAACAUGCUACCUGCCAGAGGCUGAUGUACAGAGCUGCCUGUCAGAAGAGGCCAAGGUACAGAGUCUGCACCCUUGGUAUUGGUCCGUACUCUACAUUCGACACAUCAUUUGCAGUUUGAAACACUGUAUUGUGCUCUAUCUGAAGGAGAUGUUUCUCAUUUUAUUGUUGUUAGAAAACAUUUUGAAAUUACAUUUCUGUCCCGUAUAUAAUGCCCGUCUCCCAGAAGCAUUUCAAAUUCAAGUUUACUGGCAUACUACGUGCUUUGCAGCCCAAGACGGGUCCUGGCUACUGAGACUGCGAACAGUUCAGUAAUUUUCUCCUUAUCUUUUUUUCUAAAGACAAAAAAGAGAAAAGCAUUUUAGGUGAACUUUUAAAUGAAGGAAGCGUGAAUUUCCAGA